AACGGUCACACUGAGAAAAAAAGUCAACUGCGUUGGACGUGUCGACGCUAGAUCGCGUAAUUUGUUUUCGUUGUGGGAGUACAAGAAGUCUGAUUUCCCCUUUUGAGCGAUUGCCAGUGCCGCGGCAUUAAUAAUCCACGCGAGUGAUUGCAUCUGCGGAGCCCAGCAGCAGCAACAGCAGCCGAGUGCCUGCCCAAGUUCAAUUCCCUUGUAUACACACUACAUGGGCGCGUCUCUUUUUGUUCCUUGGUGUUGUUGUUCGUGUACUGUGUGUCCGACGUCGUACUGUCUCGUCGUCCCUCGUUGCAAAAACAAACGCGCGUAAAUCUACACAACUUAUUUUAAAUUAAUUGCCCCCCAAGAUUGGCUGGCAAAUAGACGGCCAAAGGCUGGCCAAAUAUUGAAACAAGUGUCGCCUCGGCGAAUUGUGAUUUCUCGACGUCGUCGGACGCGUCGGGCGAAUUUUCGCACGCACACUAUCCAGAUUUGCGCGUCCGUGUGAGUGGGCUGCGCUGGUAGUAGUGCUGCGGUGACUGUAGUUGUAGUUGUGUGUAGUUGUGGUUGUAGUAGUGCCAGUGCUUGUGCAACAACGAAAUUCAAUUGUUUAUUGCUGGGUAGCCAGAAAGCCAAACGAAAGGCAGGCGGAAAGCAAGGCAGCCGAGUAGAGCAACAAUAGCACAAUACGAUGCAGCUCGUUAAGGUGGCAUAGUGUCGCAGUGGCGCCUCCAUCUCACCUGCCAUUCAGGUACUCGGUACUCGGCACUCGCAGUGUCUGUCUGUGUGAAUCGCGGCGAUAAUAAUAGGAAUUUCUGUUUGUGAUUUCCUAUUCCGAUUUCUGAUUUCUGAUUUCCACCGUGGAAAGCCAGCCAGCGCCAGCCAGCAAGUGAAAGUCGAACGAGCCCUCCCUAUCGCGGAUUCAUCUCACCAGCCAGUUGCGGAUUUGGAUUACCCUUCCAAGGACUAUCGAGCAAUAGCACCCCGAACGGCGAUAUGAGGGCCACACGCUCCGUGGAAACAACCGGAGGUGACCGAACCCAGAGCUGAGCCAAGGGGCAUGACUCAACUGGCCGGCGCAUAAUUCUAUUUGGGAGACAUCGCCGAGCAAUGGAACACACGAGCAAUUCCAAGGUUGUGCCACAGAGAACUGCGUAUCUAGCCGUAUAAGAGACCCCUCGGAACCACUCACCCAGGACCGAAGCGAACCAGUUCCCCUGCCCUGCCCAUCGCCAGCACCCGCUCCCGCUCCACUCCGAACCACAAUGAACUCCGUCAUAUCUGCAUUUAAGGGCAAGAAGAGCAGCGCCGCCAGCUGCAACCCGCCGAACGGGGCGGCCAACGGAGCUGCCCCCGCGGAGGCCAAACAGAGCCUGGCCAGCAUCAGCAUCAGCGGCGGGGUGGCCAAGAAGAAGCCGGUGGCCCAGAGCAGCGGCUAUCAGUACUACCGGCACAUCCGCGAAAUCGAGACGGCCAACAAGCUGUACCCCUCGGUUGUGGUGGUGGCGGUGGAGGAGCCGGCGGCGUCUGCCCCGGCUGGCCUCCCCGCAGGAGUCGAUGUCGUGGACCACUGCGUGCCGGCCACGGUGCGCCUGUCCAGCCCUCCGGAGUCACUCUCCGACUUCAACAUGAACGGGAAGUCGCUGGCAGCGGCGACUGCCGCGGGUGGCGACAACGCCAACCUGGAGAUGAGUGACACCUGGGUUUGCCCACCACCACCACCAUCGACGACGGCGGACGACGAAGAUCUCUCCGAGCACUCGACGGCCGCCUGCACAAGCACCAGUUCCAGCGAGCACAGCAACAGCACCGUGGUGCACAGUCCGACGGUCGCGGAGGGACUCAACUCGGCGACCUCGGUCUCCGCCUCCGCCACGGCCUCGGCCAGCCAUCCCAGUCCCAGCCUCAGCCUGCACAGCUCCUCGUCCGCCACCUGCGACUCCUCGUCGCUGGCCAUCACCUGCGAGCCGCACUCCAACUCCACCACUACCCUCUCCUCCUUGGGCUCGGACGGAGGCAACGGCAACGGAAACGGAAACUAUAUACCCGCCUUUCUAAUGGCCACUCCGGUCACGCUGCCCAUCGGCGGACAGAUGCCCUCGGCGACGGCCACCACCAGCUCCGCGGCCAGCACGCCCAAGCACACGCGCUACUCCAAGCCGCGCCUCAGCCUGAGUCGGGGGUUCAACCAAUCGAUGCCCUCGGUUCACGGGCGCCUCAAUCUCAGUGUGGCGCAGUCGGCAAGCGGAGGACCAGCUGCCGCCGGAUCAGGCAACGGCGCGAAUCCGCCCAAACGUAUUUCGACACACCAAAGAAACUUGAGUCUGGACUUUCGGUCCAUGGGCAUACUGCUGCCGCCCGUCUCGCAGGUGACCAAUACGCGUAUCAAUCACACCCAGCACCACCGCAACCGGAGCCUCGACAGCGCCCUGCAACGCAUCCCGGAGGUCGAAGUGUCGUCGCCAAAUGCCGAGAGCGAGAACACCUUCUGCUCCCCGUCCAUACUCGGCGCGAAUAUGUGCUCCAAGAUUGCCACUACGGCGGCGAGUGUAACAGCCGCCUUGUCGCCCCCAGCGCCGCCCACGCCGGCCCUGAUGUCCGUCGCGCCCUCGACAGCGGCCACGCCCUCGGCGAAGGUGGUGAGCGCGCCCCAACACCAUCAGGUGCCAAGGCAUCAGGCGAUCUGCAGACCCAGUGCUGUUGUGGAGUCCUGUCCCACGUUGAGGGUGCGACCAAAGUCCAGCGAAUCGGUGGCUGCCAACGGCCAGGAGAUGAUCGCCGCGAUGGGUGGAAGCAGCAGCGCCUCCAGCAACGGCGGCAACAGCAGCAACAACAGCUGCAGCAGUGCCGGCAGCAAAAAGCGGGAGGACCUCACCAGCCUGGGGUCGGACGACUCCGGCAUCAUCUGUGGCUCAGAGUCGGACCAAAUCUCCCUGAAUCGCAUAUGCCACUCACAUGAGUCGCUCGAUUCGGGCGAGAUGGAUGCGGACGCCGAUGCGGAAGCCGAAGCCGAUGCCGAGGAGGAGUGCGUUGACCUUAUGGAAACGACCUCCAUUGACGAGGAGUACAGCCUAAUGCAGCUGGAUCACAACUGCUUCUAUCAAUCCCACACCGCCGCCACCACCACCGACCUGGACUGCCGCACGCUGCGGCCAUCCCGCAAGCAGAAGCGAGCCCAGCAGCAGGCCAAACUAAUGUCCCAGCACCAAGGGGGCCAAGCCCAAGGCGACGCUGCCGAUGUGCCGGACUCCUCUGCUGCUGUCGACGACCGGACCCGGUAUCGAGUCAUGAACAUGUCCCAGGCAGCCAUCAAUGUCGAAAUCGGAGCUGCGCCCAACGAAAUCGAACCUGUGAUCGACGAGCAGGAAGUCAACCACGAUGCCGAUUCUUCGCAAGCUGCGGCAUCUGUACCGCCUAGCGCCUUGCCCACAUGUUCCGCCACCGCCACCCCCACACCCACGCCCACAGCCACUCCAACGCCAACGCCCACAGAGAGCACCAAGAACGACCAGGUGCUGUUCAAGAACUUCUUCGGGGCCACCAAGAACGCCAUCUUCCGAACGGCCCAGAGCAUCAUUGAGAACCAUGAGAAGAAGAAUGCGGCCAAGCAGAAGGAGCACCCGGACCACGCCGCAGCCGCUGCCGUGGCUAACGGGUCGGGUGGAGCUGGAGCUGGAGCCACUACUCCGCAGGACCAAGUCAAGUCCCCGACAGACAUCUCAAAGAAGAAGGAGUUCUUCAGCCUGCUCACCUCGAACUCCAGCAAAAAAGCGGCAGCUGCAGCGGCGGCGGCAGCAGCGAGCUCAGCGGCCAACACCCCUGCCGCCACGCCCACGGAGUCGCAGACGACCGCCGCCGAGUCCAAGCCGUCGUCCGACGGAUCCAGCGACGUAAAGGUCAAGGAACGCACCCUAAACCUCCGUCUACCCGGAGCGGAUAGCGAUGCUGCUGGCGAAGGAGCCCUGGCCAAGAGCUCGUCCAUCAACUCGCUUCACAAACUGAAGCUACCGGUUCCGGGAGUGGUCAAGUACUUCAUCAGCGAACGGGCGCCGGUGUCGGAUGUGCUGCUGAAGCCGGAAAAGGGCCAGAGUGGCUUGUUGCGGUUCUUUGAGUCCCCGGUCUUCAACAUCCACUUUGCGGUGCACUACCUCUUCUACUCAAAGGAGCCGGGGGUGCUCAGCUUCAUCGGCAACAAGAUAUUCAGCUUCCCCGACCAGGAGGUCGACCUGUACAUCCCCCAGCUGAUCGUCAUGUACAUCCAAAUGGACGAGCUGGCCGAAGUGCUGGAUCCGUACUUGACCAUACGGUGUCGCAAGUCUGUGGACUUCUCGCUCAAGUGCCUGUGGCUCCUGGAGGCCUACAACUACCAGGUGGACUCCCUGGGGAGCCGCAAGUCCAAGCUGGCGCUCAUGAAGGAGAUAUUCUCGAAGAAGGAGCACAAGCAGGUGCAGAACGACCUCAAGUCCGGGUCGGGUGGCCCAAGCGAGCCCAAGUCGGUGGUGGCCUUUGCCAAGAAGACCCAUCAUCGCUCCCAGUCCGACGCCACAGUCCUGCUGGCCGAUUCCCGAUCUCCGCACAUGCUGAGCAUAUCCCACCGUAUGUACCAGCAACCUCCGUUCACCACCCAGACCCUUCUCGCCGCACCCACCAAGCUGUGUCUGGGCGAGCUGAACUCGGGGCAUGCCUUCGACAAUGGCUGCACCUGUUUCGAGACUGUGCGCGGCCAGGUGAACGGCCUGCUCGGCCAGCGGACGGUGUGCUGUUGCGGAGCUCCGAAGACUGCGCCCCAGAAGGAGUUCAUGAAGGCGCUGAUGAAUGUUGGGAAGAACCUCACGGCGUUGCCCUCGAAGGCGGAAAAGACCUCUGCCCUGCGCAUGUCGCUCAACCUGAUCAACAAGAACCUGCCCGCCCGCGUCUGGCUGCCGCUCUACUCGUACAUUCCGCACCACGUGGUUCGCAUCACGGAGGAGAAGACCGCCGUGCUGAACUCGAAGGACAAGACGCCCUAUAUCAUAUACGUCGAGGUGGUCGAAGUGCCCGACAUCUACUCCUCCCCGCUCAUACCCAAAAUGAUGCCCUCGCUGAGGCACACAAAGAGCGAGGAGCACCUGGAGGGCUCCUGCCUGAACUCGCACCCGCACCUGAGCUGUAGCCGCACGUCCAGCUGCAGCAGCGGGCAGCAAGGCUCCAGUUGUCGGCGGAAAAAAGGCGCAGACGGUGGCGAGGGAGGCGGCGGUGGUUGUGGCGAUGCUGGUCCCCACAACUGCUGUGGCACCAAUGCGCUUUCCCUGGGCGGUCUGCACCUGCAUGAGGACGAUGUGUGGUCGCAGGAGGACGACGAGAUCACGGCGCAGUACCUUAACAUGCAAAAAGUGAGCGAAAGGGAUGCCAUUUCGCAAAUGUCACUAGACUCGUGCGAUUCGAGGGACCAAGGACCACCCAUUGUCUUUAACAUCGGCGACGUACGCUCCCGCCACUGCAGCAACUUGAGCUGCGAGAACACAAAGUCCUUCAGCAAUGACCCAGAAGAUCCUUCGGCGGCAGCAUUAAAGGAACCCUGGCAUGAGAAGGAGAAGCUUAUUCGAGAGUCCUCCCCCUAUGGACAUCUUCAAAACUGGCGUCUACUGUCCGCUAUUGUCAAGUGCGGCGAUGACUUGCGCCAGGAGCUGAUGGCCACCCAGUUGUUGGAGAUGUUCAAAAUCAUUUGGCAGGAGGAGCAAGUGGAUCUGUGGGUGCGUCCCUACAAGAUCGUCUGCCUGUCGAACGACAGCGGCCUCAUUGAGCCCAUCCUGAACACCGUCUCGCUGCAUCAAAUCAAAAAGAACUCCAACAAAUCAUUAAGGGACUACUUCAUCGAUGAGUAUGGAACACCCACAGGCGAGAGCUUUCGGCGCGCCCAGAAGAACUUUGUCCAGAGCUGCGCUGCCUACUGUCUUAUAUCGUAUCUACUCCAAGUCAAGGACAGGCACAAUGGCAACAUACUCUUCCACUCGGACGGGCACAUCAUUCACAUAGACUUUGGUUUCAUUCUGAGUAUUUCACCAAAGAACUUGGGCUUCGAGCAGUCGCCAUUUAAGCUUACGCCCGAGUUCGUCGAAGUCAUGGGUGGCACCAGCUCGGAGCACUGGCGCGAGUUCAACCGCCUUUUGCUGGUCGGAAUGAUGUCGGCGCGGAAGCACAUGGACCGCAUUAUAAACUUUGUGGAAAUCAUGCGUAGCAAUGCCCAAUUGCCUUGCUUUAAGAACGGGUGCUCGGGCACCGUACAGAAUCUCCGCAAACGUUUUCACAUGAAUUUAACCGAGCAGGAAAUGGAACGCAAGGUGGAGCAGCUGGUGCAGGACUCAUUGAAGAGUUUGUCAACCAAACUGUACGAUGGGUAUCAGUACUACACGAAUGGCAUAUUGUGAGAGCGGUUUUUUAUGAAGAUCUAAGCAGAAGCAGGUGGAUGAUGCCGAGCUGGUUAACCAAAACUAUGGACUGACUUUUUUGUAAAGAAAUUAUUGUAUAUUAUAUAACAUGUAUGUAAUUAUCAGCGACAAAAAUAGAGAAAACAAACAAAAAAGCAAAAAAGAAUGAAAUUGUACCAAACCUAAAUCUGUUAUCGUAGCUUAAAUCGUUCGUUGUAUGCGUUUGCAUUGUUGAAUUAGCGUAAACUGUGUAUGUUGUCUAGCUUUUAAGAGAAAUUGUAAAUUUUUUCAAUGUACUUUUAGUUGGUCUGAGUGAGAACGCGCGUGUCGGUCUGUUAUUCCAUUUGCAAUUUCAUUAUCGUGUACAUAUAUAGAAACAUAUAUAUUUAUAUUUAUAUGCGAGACGAUUUACCAAUAACCAGGCUUGAACUUCUACAAUUAUUUCGGUUGCUACGCUUAUCUAUAUUCAUUCUUAUCUAAAUUUUAAACUCUGGCGCUUUUGUAUUCAUGAGUCUUAUUGUAAAUGCAUCUUAUUCCAAUAUUUAGCCGUAAGUGUAAGGAUAAACUCUAAUGCCACUUUUUGCUGCAGCUUCAAAUCUAAACAAAUCAUACAGCAAUAUACUCUUUAAGGAAUUCAAUUUAAUUAUCAAUCAAAUUUAUCGACAUCAUUUUAACAAACAAAAGAAAAUAUGCCACGGCAACAUACAGAAUUAUAAAACUAAAAUUUCAACUCGCCGCCGAAUCAGUUUGUAUUUGCCUAAUAACCGAUUAUAACUAAUUAUUACCUAAUGAUUUUCUAACUUAAUAUACUUCUAAGCUACUGCGUAAAAACGGAAAUCAAAGCAUACGAAACAGUACUAAAAUAAAUAGCUAGGCACUGAAAGUGAACAAUUUCGAGUUUGUAAAAAGGAGGUGGCAUCAAAGCUGACCCCACCCACACUAGUGUGUAUGUAGGAAUUAAGUUUCACGCGAAAAUUAGCUACAAGUAUAUGAAAAUGUAAAUGCAUAUUUCUAAAAUUUAUUACGUAAAGAUCUAAAAUAAAUGAGCAUAUUGAUAAUAUA